CAAUAGAAAUCCCCCAACUCAGAAAACUAGAUCACACACACGGGAAGAGAGUAAUACCGACCAAAGGAAGAGGAACAGAAGGAAGAAGAUGGCAAGCGAAACAGGAGGAGGGAAGGGAGGAUAUUGGGGGCUGGCGGCGAGGAGAUGCGACUCGUGCAAGGGGUCGCCGGCGCUGCUGUUCUGCCGGGCGGACACGGCGUAUCUGUGCGGCACGUGCGACGCGCGCGUGCACGGGGCGAACAAGCUGGCUUCGCGGCACGAGCGGGUGUGGAUGUGCGCCGUCUGCGAGCAGGCGCCGGCGAGCGUCACGUGCAAGGCGGACGCUGCUGCGCUCUGCGUCAGCUGCGACGCCGACAUCCACUCCGCUAAUCCCCUCGCCCGCCGCCAUGAGCGCGUCCCCGUCAUCCCCUUCCUCGAGCCCGUCGCCUCCGCCCUCAAGUCCACCGCUGCGGCCGGCGGCGGCGGGGGGUUCCUAUUCAAGGGCGCCGACGACUGUGAUGAGGAGAACGAGGCGGAGGCCGCGUCGUGGCUCCUCCCGGACCCGAUUCCCCCGAAUCCUACCCUCAAAGCGGGGACGAUGGAGGCGCCGGAGCUCAAAGCGGCCGACUAUUUCUUCUCGGAUGUGGAUCCGUACCUGGAUCUGGACUACGCCUCCUCGAUGGACGCCCGAUUCCGCCAGACAGACAGCGUCGUCCCCGUCCACGCCAAGGCGGUUGGUGGCACGCCGCCUCCGCCGCUCCUAGCGCCCGACAGCGGCGAUUUCACUCGAUCCAAGCCCUCCUACAGCUCCUACACGGCCCAUUCCCUGAGUCACAGCGUGUCGUCGUCGGAAGUGGGGGUGGUGCCGGACGGGAGCUGCGGCGGUGGCGUGGGGGCGAUGGCGGACGUGACGAAUCCGUACGGCGGUGCGGGGAGGGCGGGGAACCCGGCGGCACAGAUGGACCGGGAGGCGCGGGUGAUGAGGUACCGGGAGAAGCGGAAGAACCGGCGGUUCGACAAGACGAUCCGGUACGCGUCGCGGAAGGCCUACGCGGAGACGCGGCCCAGGAUCAAGGGGCGGUUCGCCAAGCGGUCGGAGAUCGAGGCAGAGGUCGACCGUAUGUACUCCGCCGCCGCCGCCGCGGUUCUCAUGGUGGACCAUGGUUACGGCGUCGUGCCGUCCUUCUGAUAUCGGGCCGAAGCCUGGAGCUUUGUGUUUUUUUUUUUGCCCCCCCGAAGAAGUAGCCUGGAGCUCUGUUGUAAGAUGUAUUGAUGUUUUUGGCUUUUAUGUACUCUUUCUCUUGCCCUUCUCGAUGCUUGACGUAUAUUAUUGCUAUGUUCUAAUGGCCUUUUUUUUCCCUGAUCA